GAUCGAACUAGUCGACAUUAAGUGAUUGAACAUUGAACGUAGUACACGCGAAUAAAGAGCAGUGAAAAAUGAUUGAAAAUGGUUAUGGGAUGAAGCAACUGAAUUAUUAGAAGACAAUGAAUUUGUGCUACGAAAAAGCACAACUAAAGACAGUUUCAGAAUAACUGGGAUCCAAAUUUAUUCUAUUGAACAGAUUUAAUAUAACAAACGUUAACAACAAAGCGAAAGAGCGCGAGUGUGUGAGUGACUAGGCAAGGGAAGUUACCCUUCGCUGAUUUGCUAAAGCAAAAUUCCCAGAAACAGUGGAAUUUCAGUGUACUGAGAGCUUGUUGCGAGCAUCGUUUGCAGAGACGACGGCGGCAAAACAACUAGUAACAGUGAAAAGCUGACAAAUAAUAGUGCAAUUAUGGCGGCUGCGUUGGAUCAGGCAGCUGUGGAUAAACGGGCGAAGGAAAUUGAGACUGAGUAUCUGUCUAGUCUAGCGGACUUGAAUGUAAACAGUAAACCGCUGAUCAAUAUGCUAACAAUUCUUGCUGAGGAAAAUUUGGACUACGCUUUAGUUAUCGUGACAGCCGUUGAGAAACAUCUUGCUAAGGUACAGCCCGACGUUAAACUUCCCAUACUGUAUCUCGUCGAUUCAAUAGUAAAGAACGUCGGCAAACAGUACCAAUCGCUUUUCAGCCAAGUUAUUGUGGGCAUGUUCUGUGGAGUAUUCGAAACGGUUAACGAACGAGUCCGUGAGAAAAUGUUCAGUCUGCGCCAGACAUGGAACGACGUCUUCCCACAGUCCAAACUGUACACCUUGGACAUAAAGAUCAAUUCAAUUGAUCCUGGCUGGCCAAUCACGGCCCAAUUGAAAACUAAAUCACCGGCCAUCCAUGUGAAUCCCAUGUUCUUAAAGAAUAAGGUAGCUGAGCCAAGCAUGGACAUGCAACAACAACUUCGCGACAAGCAGCGUGAACUGUUGGAGCUCCAAGCCAGAAAGCUCGAGUUGGAACUUCUCGCUACAAAGAAACGCAUAGAGGAACAAGAGAAGCAACUUGUGCUGCAAACCGCCAGCGUUUCCAAAGAGCCAAUUCCGGACCCCAAGCGUACGCCCCAACCGAUCGGACCAUCGCAAACCACUUCAGCCGUUCCACCCCCGAGAGGUCGAAUUGUUCCACCCAACCCUGCAAUGAUAAAUCUAGUGAAAUCCCGCGAUCCCCGUUUGGCACGUCAGCAAGCCCAACUUGCGGCUCAAAUGGCAGCUGCCAGCACAAACUCCACACCAACGACGGUUGUCGGUGGCGUGCAAGUUCCUCCCCAGCCGGUUGCGUUUGAUCCAUCGGGCAAACCGCUCAGUAUACGAGAGCGGUUAGGUAGGAUUCCUAAGCGAGUCGAUCCUCGGGUGAAAACUCAAGGAUCUGGCGAUGCCGAUCGUAAGAAAGUGUCGAGCACAACUACUUCUACUAACAGUGGCACAGCAACACCAUCACACAAAUCCCGCAGUGACAGUGAUAUCGCUAGGAAACGCGACAAAAAAGACGAAUCGAGUGUGAAGUCCGGCAAGAGCUCGACCGCGAGGUCAUCUCAGUUUUUGGAUAGGAAGAAAUAUUCACCAUUAGAUUCAUCUCCACCAAAAAGCACUUCCCCUGUCAAAAAGAAAUCAGCACCCUUGGAGAAAAUACAAUCUCGAAGCGAGAAGAGCUCAAAGCAGCGCGAAGGGAAGUCAAGCAAAAGUGGCAAGAGGCGUUCUGACGAAACCUCGAAAAGUCCAGAAAACACAUCGGUUUCAUCAACGUCCAGCAGCGAACAUCUGAUGGGCGUGACGAACGAGACGAAGGACGUCGAUCUUCGUUUGCUGAUGCCGGAGAAAAAACUGAGAUUGGACGCACCACUGCUUCCACCCAAACAGCAGGCAAUGAUAGUUACCAAGCCACUAACCGAACAAAAUAAAGUUCAGGAGGAAGACUUAAGCGUCGAGCAUAAGACUGUUCUUAUCAAAGAUGUAGAUCUUCGAAUACCUCCGCCGGUGGUGAUGCUGAAGGACGUGUCCGAGAGCAAUGCGGUGUCAUCGUCAACGGGUGGAUUACCAGCAGUCAAAUCCGAUGGCGACCUCGAACCUAAUGCAGAAAUAGAUACCACAACACUAGUAAGUACAGUUUCGAUUGUGCCCACUCCCAUUGAUAUCAACAAGCGGAGAAGCAGCGUUGGCAUCGGCAGACUUGAGGAACCGAUUGCCAAAAAAAGUAAAUCGGGGAAGAUCGAUCGUUUGUUCGGUGAUCAGGAUGUCGAUCUUAGAAAGUUUUCUGGUCCAAUCAAUACAGUUGAUGUUUCUACGCCUCUUCCACCGCCUCCGCCAAUUAUUUCGGAUGCACCAAGAACGAUGGUAUCGUCUGGCAUGCUGAGUGAAUCGCCGGAAAAACAACUCCCGUCAGUGGUGGCGGCUCCUUCUUCAAAGGCGGCACUGGAGGCUGUACGAGCAAAGAUCGCUGAGGCUACCAAAAAUAAGGACCGUGAUAAGUCGGUACGCCCAUUGCAACCCAACAAACCAUCGGAUGAAACAUUUGAACAACGUCGAACACUCCAUCAACCCAAACCGAUGGAUGUUGAUCUGCGUCAGGUGCCACAGCCACAGUUGCAGGAGACUUCAUAUGACGACAACUCGCAGGAUGGUAUGAAUGCCAACAUCAAGACCAUCAUUGCCCAGGCACAGGAACAGAUGGAAAAGGGUGAAAUCACUUCGGAGCAGUACAAUAUUCUGAUGAAACAAGUCAUCCAGCUGAACGAAACACAAAAGAUUCGUCAAGCGCAGCGGAUGGAGAUGAUGAAGCGCAAUCAAACAGGCCCUAUGAUCAUUAACAGCAAUCUCGGCAACUGUACUGGCCCCGAUGAGGCGCUCAGCGGUUCACCAUCCAAUGACGAUGCGGUUGCGAGCAAUGCAAUCCUCAAUAGUGAGGCAGAGAACAAACAGGCCGUCGCCGGCCCAGAAGUUUCUGCGCAAAAGAAUGAUUUCCGGGGUAAAAUUACACCAAUUGUCGACGCUAAGGCAAAAUUCGAAGCGUCGUUUGCCAAUGCAACUGCCGCUGAUUUGCGCCAGCAGCGGGAUCCACGUCGUCAAAGGGAAAGUCGCUUCAAUCAGCAACCCUGGGGAAAUCGUGGUCCCAUAGCGGCACCUCCGCCUGUAAUCGCGACUGUUGUACCCAUCAUCAACAAUCGUCCCCCUGGGCCAAUGUUAAAUCCGUGGGAGCAGCCACCAUUCCCGGUGAUGGAUCAAAGCCAGAUGGUUCAUCCGAUAGGUCCUCGAUUCCCGCCUAUUCCAAUCAACACUAGCGUUCCUCCGGCGACGGUCUUGAUACCGGGGGUAGCUAAGCUGAAUGACAGCGUGCGUACAAUCAACAUCGAUGGCGUCCAGCGGGAGAUCCGUUUCUACGAUGAUAUUGCCGUCAUCUUCAUGAGCUGGGAUGAGCCGAAGGAGAUUGGCUUCCAGAAGGGGUCCCGAAUGGUCGUCGUUGAUGAUCGUGAUUCGUUUGAGUUGAGUUUUAACGAGUGCUAUAAGUCGAUCACUAUCGAAGGAAAGGUAUAUCAAAUGAAGCUGGGUUCUCCCACUCGAGAGCUGUACAUCGACAACAGUUGGUAUGAGUGCUACUUCGGAGAUCCCCCGUCGAACAUCACGCUGGAUGGGGUAACUCGUGUCUUCAAAAUUAGUGGUCCAGCGCCACAGGUAAAAAUUGGUAAUAGUCGCAAUGAUUUAGUCGCCGGUAAAAUAAACAUGAUCGUUAACGCUGAAACCAUUAUCCCUGUGUUCCUGGAUGCUCAAGUGCAAAUGUUCGAAAUACAAGGCCAAAUUCACAAGCUUCAGUUUGCUGAUUUCCUUCUCACCGUUAUUAUCAAUGACCAACCCUAUCCCGUUGAGUAUGGUGGACUUCCAAAAGUAUUCAAACUUAGAGGCAAAGAUUUCUACAUUCGAUUCACUGCCGUUCCCAAAUUGGUGGUUCCUGGUCGGGUUUAUUUGCGAGACAUGGUCCGAACACCGCUCCAUCGUGAUCUUCGGACUCCGCCACGAGAUCAAAGUUUGCUGCCGCCAUUUGUUUCUUCUAUCACGAAUGUUAUGCCACCGAUCACAACAGUUCCACCGCCAGUGCCUGGAUUGUUCCCAGCUGCAGCAGCCAUGCAGCAGCCGCCCUUCGCUCCUACACAGUCGACAACCGGAUUGGAUUAUAUUACCAAUCUGAUGCCGCAUUCGUCUUCUGCUGUCAAUGUGUCCAACAAUUUGGCAGGCUAUCAGAUUCAAUCUGAAGAUAAACCGAACAUCGCGACCCCACCCGUGCCUAAUCCGGCAUCCAAUGCCACUCCCACGCCACUCAAUUUACCCCUUCUCCAGAACAUCAACAUCGAUGAACUCUACAAAAAGAUCGUCGCCGCCGGCAUAAUUACUAAAAGCACUACUGCCCCAACGAGCAGCAGCGCUUCGGCUUCCACCUCAGCAGCAAGCAAAUUGGACAAAGCACUCGAGGAAGACUUUUUGGAAAUUGAGCCAGUUUAUUUGAACAAACUCGAAACACUAAAACGGCGCCAGCCGUCGAUCAUUGCCCAGCUGUACACCGGGAUGCAGUGUAGCAGUUGUGGUGUUCGAUUCCCGCCCGAGCAAACGAUGAAAUACAGCCAGCAUUUGGAUUGGCAUUUCAGACAGAACCGUCGUGACAGGGACUCGACACGGAAGGCACACUCACGCAAGUGGUACUACAAUGUGGCCGAUUGGAUCCAAUACGAGGAAAUUGAAGAUCUAGACGAGCGCGAAAAGAAUUGGUUCGAAACGCAGCAGACUGAACAAACCGAUUUCAACGGGGAUGGAGAACAGAGUGGACGCACUGGGCCCGAUUCCCCAUCGCCUAGUUGCCCGGCUGGUUCUAACGAGUUGGAUAAGCGCUGUCACAUGUGCCACGACGAAUUUGAGCAGUUCUACAAUGAGGAAAUUGAAGAAUGGCAUCUGAGAAAUGCAAUUCGCGUCGACGAAAACACUUACCACCCUCUGUGCUAUGAAGACUAUAAGGCAUCAUUGACGCUCGACGAGACGGCUUUGAAUGCUACCAAUGAGGAGGGAGACCAGAGCAAGUUGGUUGAUGAUGAUGAGGUGAAAAUCAAGCAGGAGGACAUUAGCGGCCCCAUCCAAGCGGAAAUCACCCUGGAUGACGACGAUGAUGUUAUUGUGCUCCCACCGACCGCGGAUGUCGUUACCGAGAUUCCCGACGAUGACGAUAUUGAAACAUUGGAUUCGUUGUCCACAGCGGAUGGUUCCCAAAUUCCUUCUAACGUGAUGCUGGACGAAGGAAACAGUUGUAAUGGUUCGGCGGACUCCACCACCUGUCAGCAAGAAGCUAGCAGUAACAAAGUAGUUCAACAGCCUAGGAUCAUUGAAACUAGGAUUGACGAUGACAUCGCCAUUCAAGAACCAUCCAUCGAAAAGAUUGACGUCAAUGAUUUGGAUGAGAGUGAAGAAAUGGAUACUUCAUGCAGUGUGGAAGCUACUAAGGCGAAGGAUGAGGCCCUGGUAAAGGUGAAGGAAGAACCAAAAGACGAUGACGAGAUCGAUGAGGAGGAUGCGCUUUUUGAGGAUGUCGGAACGAUCGAGUCUUCGAUGAUUAUAGAGGUUGCAAAGGAAGCAGACACGGUCGACGUGGAAGCCGUCCCAUCGCCAGUGUCAGCUCUAGAGAGUACCAGCCAGGCCCAGCUAAAGCCGUCGAUCGAUGGCAAUAUGGAACUUCAGGACACUCCCUCGACAGGCGUAUUAACUAAUAAGAUUAAAAUCAAUAUCACAAAAGCAAAAACAACUACCAGCAGCAGCACCAGCACAAGCACCAGUAGCAAUAGUGUUAGCGUUAGUGCAAAUAGUAGUGGCAAUACAUUCGGUGGCAGCUCCAUUGCUGUGCUCAUCAGUGGUGGAGGCACCGGAAUGUACAGCGAAAACAGUAAUGACGAUCUGCUGUACGGUAACCUGGAUGAUAUGCAGGGACAUACCGAGAACAGCCAGAACAGCAGCAAUCAGCUGACAAUGGUGGUGCAUGAAGAUGAAGAAGUAGAUGAUAAAAAUAAAGAACCGGUCGCGACGACCGAAGAAGAACCGACUGAUAUUUCAUAUGUUUUUAAGCCGAGUAUGAAAGGCAUUGAUUUCAUCCAGAAACCUCGGGUUGAAAACGGGCUCGAAACUUCUGGGCUUUGUUCAAUAAUGUAAAUAGUCAACGUCAAAAUGAACAAGUAUUGAAUUUCGUGAGGAGAACGUGAAAGAAGUAAAAAAAUGUGAUAUUAGGCCAUACUCUGCGCCACAAGCUCCCGGUGCGAUGGGGCAACUAUGGUAAAUGAGAGGCAUUUUAUAUAGAAUUAUUAUUUUGUGAAGUAACUGAAUUAGUCCGUGAGUGCUAUGAUCUUUUCAUCAUCAGAGGAGGGGAUCCUUCUCGCGAUAUCCGUUGAUGAGAGUGAAUACACAGUAUCACAAUAAUCUUAAGAUAGGGAUAAUUUAUUAGGUUGUUGUAUAUUUAACUCUUGUAGUUUUGAAGAACUGUGAGUGGAAAUAAAGCUGAACCAUACCCCUUUCCCCUAUAAAAAAAAACUAGCCGAAGUGAAGUUCCUCUAACGAGGAAAAAGGUCGUUUCCGAGUACGAACAGAAAACGAGUAUUGGAUUUUGUAACGUUUGUUCAUGCGUGAGGUUGAACUGAGUGUUGUAUAUAGUUGAUGGGACGCCAAAAUUGCAAAGUGACGAUUUUCUUGCGUUAGAGGAAUUACGUUGAGGACGUGUAUUUCAUCAUAGUGCUUUUAGUUUUUUUUUAACAUUUUUACUUUAAAUUUUUUAUUUCGAAUUACUGAAAUCAGUUAGAAUGCAAGGAAUGCAAUUUAUGUUCAAUUGAAAUCAUUUGGAUCUUCAAAGCUUAUUGUUCUGGGUUCUCAUGGGUUUGUGAAUAAUGAAUCAAUAAAUUAUCGAAAUUGAAAUCAAAAUAAAGAUAUGUAUAUAUGAAUACAAUAUUUGAGAGAAAUAAAAAAAAUCCCGAUACAAUAAAAUCCGUAGCUAACCGAAAAAUAUAUAUUUUUAAUUCAAACAUUUGUGUAUUCUUAA